UUGACAAAUGCCCAUUUCCGUUUCAUCCAAAAGGUAUCACGGAGCAAUACAAUGAACUGUCAUACACUACACUCCCUCCCCCACUUUUCUUACCGUUCACACACACUCUGUCACACUCCUGUAACUCCAUUCUCUCCUUCUUGAGCCAUCAAAAACACAUAAGCUUAGGUCACUGGUCUCUCUCUGUCUCUGCGCCUAAAAGAACCUCCUUUUGCAGAAAGCAAGCUACCACUAUGCCCAGUAGCAGUUCAUUGUCAUUUUCUGUUUUAGCCACAUUUCUCUGCUUCUCUCCUGCCUUCUUUUCCUUCUCGCAUGGAGUUUCUGCCUUUCCACCCCACCAGACAUUACCCCCUUUAGGGGAAGUUGGUGUGGAAAAUUUUUCUGUGGAGUCUUCAUGGGGAACCAAGAGGUCACUUGUAGAGGGACCCAGUGGUGAACCAGUGGAGAGCUCCUAUUUUGUGUUAGCUGCGGAGAGAACAUACAGAAGAGAUCCUCUCAAUGGGUUCAAAAAAUACACAGGGGGAUGGAACAUCAGUGAGCGCCAUUACUGGGCUUCUGUUGGUUUUACUGCUGCUCCCCUGUUUGUCAUUGCUGCAAUUUGGUUCCUCGUCUUCGGGCUGUGCUUAUCCCUCAUAUGUAUUUGUUAUUUCUGUUGUGAAAGGCAGUCUUAUGGCUAUUCUCGAACGGCUUAUGCUUUCUCUCUUGUUUUGCUCAUACUCUUCAGUGUUGGUGCAAUCAUUGGGUGUAUUGUUCUGUACACUGGUCAGGGGAAGUUUCACACUAGUACAAUCACGACAUUGGAAUAUGUUGUGAAUCAGGCUUACACCACUGUUCAAAAACUUAGAGAUGUUUCAGAUUAUCUUGCCGCGGCAAAGCAGAUUGGAGUGGAUAAAGUUUUUCUGCCUUCUAAUGUUCAAACUGAUAUUGACCAGAUAGAAACAAAGAUUAAUUCUUCAGCUAGCAUUGUUGCUGAUCAGACAGUCGAGAAUUCAGACAACAUGCGAGAUGUCUUGGAUUCUGUGAGAGCAGCGCUUAUUGUAAUUGCUGCCAUAAUGCUUCUGUUGACAUUCCUUGGGUUAUUAUUUUCUUUAUUUGGCAUGCAGUUUCUCGUGUACAUCUUGGUGAUUAUCGGAUGGAUUAUUGUUACAGGAACAUUCAUUUUGUGCGGUACCUUUCUUCUUCUUCACAAUGUAGCUGCAGAUACUUGUGUUGCAAUGGAUCAAUGGGUCCAAAACCCCACAGCUCAUACAGCUUUAGAUGAUAUACUGCCAUGUGUGGACAAGAUAACUGCCCAGGAUACUUUGUUGCGAAGCAAGGAAGUCACUUCUCAGCUAGUUGAAGUAAUUAAUUCAGUCAUCACCAAUGUUUCUAACAUAAAUUUCUCCCCCAAUUUUCCACCUUUUUACUACAAUCAGUCUGGUCCAUUGAUACCGAUUCUGUGCAAUCCAUUUUUCUCUGACAUGACGGAUCGAGCUUGCACAGCUGGCGAGGUGGACUUGAACAAUGUAACGGAGGUAUGGAGGAGCUAUGUCUGCGAAGUUUCGGCAUCUGAGGUUUGCACCACGACAGGCCGUUUGACCCCCACCCUCUACAGCCAAAUGGCUGCUGCAGUGAAUGUAAGCUAUGGGUUGUAUAAUUAUAGUCCCUUUCUGGUUGAUCUUGAAGACUGCACCUUUGCGAGGCAAACUUUUGGCGACAUAUACAGGUAUCAUUGCCCCAGUCUGCAGUCCUACAGUAAACGGAUCUAUAUUGGAUUGGUGAUGGUCUCAGCUGCAGUUACGCUCUCUCUUAUCUUUUGGGUGAUAUAUGGCAGAGAGCGGCGGCAUCGUGUCCUAACCAAAAGGUUAAUGUCUAGCGCAGCACAAGGAGACAAGGACUCCUAGGCUCUUUUACUUCAUUCACUGAUACAUGCUGAACUUCUUUGCAUCUAGUCUGGUUGUUUUAAAUAUAGAACAAUGGUUUGUAAAGCUUCUGUCAUAGUUCAUUGGGUUGAUUACCAUGGUUA